UGUGAAGUCAUAAUAAACUGUAUUGAUCGAGCUAAUCGGAUCAGUUGUGAAAAACAUUAAAAAUAAUUUAGCUUAAAGAAAUUUGCAGGUAAACUUCUCGACGUGUUUUGUCACUGAUCAUAAACAGGAUUUAAAGGUGAUUUUAUUCCUGGGAUUGAAAGAUACAACAACUGCCUGAAUUCCUGUUAUUGAGUUCAAUUUAUCAUUUAAACUAGAAAAAAACUAGAACUGUUAUUUUCUCCUUCAGUUAUCGAGAAGAGGACAAUUUGAAGUGGUCCGCCUCUUUUUUCAGACAUAAAAAGCAUCCGAUAAAUCCAGUCUGAAAAAAAAAUUAAUUAUUCACCUUUGGCGGCUAAAGUUCUCGCACCAGAAGUAAUACUUAGGCGAUUAAAAAGAUCUUUAAAUGCAAAUUAACUUGGAAUAUUUCGGAGCAGCAAAGUUUAUACGGACGCCUGGUUAUCAUCGCUAAAGAAGUAUUUGAACUUUACUGCUCAAUUUAUUUUUACGAUGUUCUUGGAAAAAAUUGUGUCUCAACAAAUGCUUUUUACUCUACUACAAACGAAUAUUUAUUGGCGCAUUUUUUGAAUAUAAAAACAUACCUACUAAAAGCAUACCUAUUGAAGUAUUGAAGCUAUCUCAGUAGUUAUAAUAACUGAUUACUUAACAUAGAUGCUUUAAAAACAGUUCUGAUUUUGAAAUGGAUGUUAUUUGCUUAUUAGAUCUUUUUCUUUCAAAUUAUCUAUUUUUGACCAUUUAUCUUGUGUCUCCUGUUUUGUCAACAAUCCCCCACCCCUCGGCCGCGGGGGGAGUAGAUUACUUCUCAGAUGCCUACUCGUUCCCUUCCUCGGGGGGCCCCUCCUCCUCCUAUGACUCAUACUCGGAGGAUUCGAAGUGGCAGCAGGAGUUGAAAGACCACUCCCACAUAGACCAAAUCAGGAGUCGAAUCCUCCGACACAAUACACUUCCUCACAAUCGGAAGAUGCCGGUUGAUGUGUCUGUGAAGCUGGUCUUCGAAAGUGUCCGGGAGAUCGGAGUUGACGCUACCAUAGAUUUCUACGUGGAGUUUGUGUGGUCGGAUGAGCGGGAGGGGGGCAGGGACGUGUACAUCAGUGGGAGUGAUAGCAGAGACUACGCCUGGACUCCCGACAUCUACUUCCUCCUCUCCAGACACACCGACUACUCCAGAACCAGCCAAUACCUGAUCAUCUCAAAUGGGACAGUGCUGUUCGAUCAGAAGGUGACAGUGACAGUGCCCUGUGUGCCCAAUGCAUUCAUGUACCCCUUCGACACCAUCUACUGCAGUGUUCUGCUCUCCAGCUACGGAUACUCCAACAAGUAUAUCAACCUGCACUGGGCCAAUGAACACAGCAUCCUAUUCCCUAAGGAGUACCUUGACGUCGAGUAUACUGGCUUCACGAUGCAGUUAAACGACACCUCCCAAUCCCAAUACGACGCCUUUUACGAUCCCUCCACCUACACCAUCCUGCAGGGCCAGAUCUACUUCAGAAGACUCUACUCUGUCUACGUCUACCAACUGUUCCUCCCAGCCGCCUUCUUAGUCGGACUGUCCUGGAUCACUUUCUGGAUCAACCCCCAAGCCACACCUGCCAGAGCCGCUAUUGGAGUCACCACGAUUCUGACGAUGUUGACCUUGAACACUAACAGACAACAAGAUCGACACUCCAAGUAUCUCAACAUCAAAAUGAGUCUUCUUGACAUCUACUUGUGGGCUUGUUUCAUCUACGUCAUACUAGCUAUGGUCGCAUUCUCAGCAUCAGACUACUCGCUCGCUUUUCGCAACUCAUCUUCAAGGCGAAAUAACCAGAACACAACCACUAGAGCACCUCCUACUAACCCCCAAACACGUAUCACCCCCACCCGCGAUUCCCGAGGCACUGCGUCUGCAGGGGUCGGAGGGGGUUCGACAACUCUAUACCACAAGACGGGUGUCAUUCUUCCACCCUCCCCCACCCUCAAUUCCCAAGGGGGUGCUGGGAACAGGAAACUUGAUCAUCAUGGAGUGGAGAUAUACAGGAAGGUUUUCCUGGGACGAGGGAUUGAUUUCCACGCUCGUAUCAUGUUUCCGCUGACUUUCUUUUUGUUCAAUUGUGUUUUCUGGUGCUAUGCUUUCGCCAAGUCCUGAAAAUUGACUAUUUUUGGUGAUAAAAAAUUGAAGGUCAAUCUCAUGCGCGAAAGACCGAAAUCCCAAAAGUUGUCAGCCAAUCAA